UAAAAAUAAUUUCUAUUAUGUAUAAGAUUCUCUGAGAACUCAAAAAAUACUUAAAAGUUAUAACACCUCUCUCUCUCUCUCUCUCUGCUUUUGCAGAUCAGAGUCGCUUAAGAAUUCUAAAAACUCAGCACAAUCCCCGAGCUGGCGUUAUGGCUCAUUAUCAGGUGUCUACUUUACACCUGUGCACUUCCGCCACUAGCCUCUGAAACCCAAAAAAGGCGCGCACACACCCAAAUCAAGAUUAACAAAAAAUAUCGCAUCUUACACUUUUUUAUUGGAUUUCUGUCUCUAGUUAUUACUUAUUUGACUCGGAUGGCAUGGCAGUGAUGAAUGGGUUUUAGACACCAAGAAUGGAAAAGGGUUGUGCUUCUGGUGCGCAAGACUCACUCAAUAGCUUGAACUUUGGCAAGAAAAUAUAUUUUGAGGAUGUGGGCAGUGGGGUCCAGGCUAAAACUGGAUGUGGGCCGUCGCCAGUGGUGGCUUUCGGGCUUCCUCCACCGGUGCCGGCAAAGAAGGGGAGGGGUGGUGGGGUACAGGGUGGCCAGCCACCCAGGUGUCAAGUGGAAGGGUGUCAGAUAGAUCUGAGUGAUUCUAAGGCUUACUAUUCUAGGCACAAAGUCUGUGGUAUGCACUCCAAGUUUCGAAAAGUCAUUGUUGCAGGCCUUGAGCAAAGGUUUUGCCAGCAAUGCAGCAGGUUUCAUCAAUUGUCUGAAUUUGACCAAGGAAAACGAAGCUGCCGCAGAAGACUUGCCGGACACAAUGAGCGUCGAAGGAAGCCACCACCUGGAUCUCCAUUUUCCACUCGCUAUGGAAACUUUUCUUCAUCCAUCUUUGAAACCCAUGGCAGAAACGGAGGUUUUGUGAUGGACUUCUCUUUGUACCCAAGUCCUUCCGGGAGGACUUUAUGGCCAAAUAUGUUGUCAUCUGAACGAGGACUGGGGAAUCAAGUUACCGUCACAAGUAAGUUUCUUCCACCAUGGCAUAGCAACCCAGAUAAUCCUCCAUCCAUUCUUCUGCAAGGUUCAACAACUAGUGCCAGCUAUCCAGGUCCAGGAUUAUCUUCCGGAAGUUUCAGUGGAGUCUCGGACUCCGUCUGUGCUCGCUCUCUUCUGUCAAAUCAGCCCUGGGGCUCUAGAAACAUACCCUCGAGUCCAGGGCUAAACACCUUAUAUGGUGCCAAUGGGACAUCCGUGGUUCAGCCAUCAGUUGCACAUGGUACACCUUUUGGCAACUUUUUGAGUCUUCCAUGGGGUUUCAAAGACAACCAAGCUAGUACUGAUCUUGGCUCACAUCCAGCCAACAGUCAGUAUUCCAGUGAGCUCGAGACAGCUCGACAGGGUGGAGGACAAUUCCAUGAACUCGAGCUCUCGACUGGUUAUACAUCUUCAGUCGAGCAUAUGCACUGGUCACAUUGAGUGUCCUUCUCUAAAGCCAAGGUCUUUGGAUCCUCGUGUGUUCAAUAAAGUAAAACAUGUGCUGCUAAAGUUCUUGUGAGC